UGUUGGGUUUCUGGUCCCAAAAAUGAGACAAGUUUCUUGAGACUACCUUUGUUGAAACAAACUCGACAUCACCAGAAGGGAUGAAAAGAUAAAAUUCAUCAAGAUAAUACUAUAUUAAUGACAGCAGGUGAAGAUGCUUUUUCACGUUUCAACAAUAACUCUUUGGCUUUGGCAGCAAAUUAGGUGGUAACGGGAGGUUUAGAACCUCAGGUGCAGAAAAGAAGUCACAAAAAAAUAAUAAAAAUAAUACUCAACGAGUAAACAGGCGGUAUGGCUCUGCCGAAGAGGAUAAGAUUAAUUAAGAAACCUUCAAGUCUUCAACGCACUGUGAGGCAACUAGAGCCAUGUGCUAGUCGUGCUAACAGGCGGUAUGGCACUGCUGCAGAAGAUAAGAUUGAGAAGACUUCAAGUCUUCAAUGCAAUGUGAUGCAACUACAGGCCUACAGCCAUGCGCUAGUAGUGCUACCCACGAGUAAAAGCGGCAUGGCACUGCUGAAAAAGAUAAGAUUAAGAUUUAAGACUUCAAGACCUUUAUUUAACACGUUUGAAGGAGCGCAAGGAAUACUAUCACAUCUCACUAUUUCAUCGAUAACCAACAAAAAUUCAUGAUUCUUAUCUCUUUACUGUAACUUAUUUUUUCUUAUGUUAGAUAGACAAAAAUUAAGUGACAUGUAAAUUUUUAAACGUUUGAAAUUGAGUAAAUUAAUUUUUGUAUUAAUAAUAGAAGGGUUUGUCUUGAACACAAGUUAAGUUUUGUUAAUUAUAAAAUUUAUAGUUAAUU